AUGCCGUGGAAAGACCAUCUCAAGCGCCUCAAGAAUGAAUUCGAAAAUCUAGUCGGUGAGCCACAAGCUCAGAACCAGAGUCAGAAUCAGCAACAUUACCCCCCACCGCCUCCUCCUCCCCAAGGCCAACAGCCCAUGGGCCAGAACCAGCAGCAAGGACACGUCUACUGGCAGCCCCAAUUCCGCCCCGACGCACCCGUUUCCUCUGAGUGGGACGCAAAGAUCGGUAACGGCCCGGAUGGCUGGGGUAAUCAGGAGCUACAGUACUACACCGCCGAUCAACAAAACGCCUUCCAUACUCCAGAUGGAAAGCUUGUUUUACGUGCCAUUGCAAACAAUGCAGAGUCUGAUCAUGAGAAGCGGUAUACCUCUGCUCGACUCGUGAGUCGCCAGACGCUCUCUCGCGAUCAAGGCGUCCUCACCGCCUGGCUCACUUCGCCAUGCGCGACAGGUAUCUGGCCUGCAUUCUGGCUUCUUCCGCAGGAGCCCUUUUCCUGGCCCACUGAUGGAGAAGUCGACAUAGCGGAGACGUGGAACGGCGAUAUGGAGAACCACUCGUGUCUCCACUGGGGACACCAUCAUGAGCCGGACAAGCAUCGCGUCCUUGGCACCAAGAUUCCCGACAUGCAGCAUCGGCCUGUGCGGUAUGACCUGGCGUGGCUUCAGUCAGGUGGACACGCUGGUCAGGGUAGAAUGAUCUGGUACAUUGAUGGCAGACCCGUCAUGAAGGGGGACAUUCCUGAAGGGACGAGGCCCAUGAGGGACAUGAAUAUUCUUUUGAAUGUUGCCAUGGGUGGAAAUGUUUGCGGUGGCAAGACACCCUCAGAUGGACAGUAUGAUAUGGUUGUUCAUAGUCUUUACAUGGGGAGUGAGCCUGAGUACGGAGGAUGGCAUAGAUUCGAGUCUGAUUGGGCUACUGCUCCUAUGGGUAAUACUUACUAG